UUUUUUUCUCUGGUUCAUCCACCGUACAUCAGCAUCUCCCUAAUGGCUACGUUAUCAAGCCUUUUACCAAAGCCUCGUCAAUCACUACAGUCGUCGACGGAAAGCACUCCACCGAUCGAAAAAGAAAUCAGCAGAAUUGUUGCGACUCGUAGCAAUAAUCGCAUUCCGCCGUAUGGACAACGUCUUUCGUUUCGACCACGAACCGCCGAAGACUUUGCCAAUGGCGGUGCAUAUCCUGAAAUUCAUAUUCUGCAAUAUCCUCUGGGCAUGGGCCGGAAAGACGGCAAGGCGACCGAAACGAGUGGCGGUGCUUUGACACUGCAAGUGGAUACGGAAGGCAAUGUGCAAUACGAUGCCAUCGCACGCCAAGGACACAGCGAUAAUCGCAUCAUUCACACAUCACUGAAAGACAUGGUGCCGCUAAAAGAACGAAAGGACGUUGAUGUCGAAAAGAUCGCCAUGGAUCGUCCCAGCGAGGAAGAAGUUCUAAGCGUCGCCGAAAAGACUCGUCUCGCUUUGGAAAAGAUUGUUAAUGGAAAAAUUGCAGCGGCCAAACCGAAAAACGUCGUAAGCACCAACGGCAACAACAAGGAUCCUACAUAUAUUCGUUACACACCAGCGGCGGGCCAAGGCAACGAUGCGUUCAACUCGGGAGCCAAGCAGCGCAUUAUUCGUAUGGUCGACGCUCCGCGCGAUCCCAUGGAGCCACCAGGAUUUUUGCACAAAAAGGUCCCAAGAGGCCCGCCUUCUCCACCGGCACCGGUGAUGCAUUCUCCUCCCCGAAAACUCACCGCCAAAGAACAAGCGGAAUGGGUCAUUCCACCCUGCAUUUCCAACUGGAAAAAUACCAAAGGUUAUACAAUCCCGCUCGAUAAACGCUUAGCCGCCGACGGUCGCGGCUUACAGGAACUCACCAUCAAUGAUAACUUUGCCAAAUUCUCGGAAGCACUCUAUGCUGCCGAUCGACACGCCAGAGAAGAAGUACGACAGCGUAAUUUGAUGCAGCAGAAAUUAGCACAGAAGCAAAAGGAAGCAGAAGAAGAAAAACUACGAAACUUGGCCCAACGAGCACGCGAAGAAAGAGCUGGUUUGAAACCGAGCGCUUCAGUCUCGGAAAGUCCUGCAGCUUCAGGUCGUCCUACGGCCGCCUCGUUGAUGCCCGACUACGACUCGAGUGAUGAAUCGGGUUCGGAACGCUCGGCCAGCGAAAGUGAAAGCGAAGAUGAACGACGACGUAGCCGAUCGCGCUCCCACAAGGGCGAUGACGAGGACGAACAAAAAGCACGAGAACGCGAUCAGUUACGUCGUGAACGUCAAAAACAAAGAGAGCGUGAAUUACGUAUGAGUAAAAUGGGUACUGAAGCAAGAGCAAAACAUUUGGCUCGUGAGUCAGGACGUGAUAUUUCUGAAAAGAUCGCUCUUGGUUUAGCCAAGCCGACUUUGAGUAAAGAAAGCAUGUACGAUGCGAGAUUGUUCAAUCAAUCCGAAGGUAUCGGUUCAGGUUUCAAGGAUGAUGAAUCUUACAGUUUGUACGACAAGCCUCUUUUCUCACAGACGUCGUCAUCCAUCUAUCGAUUCAAGAGCAAAGAUGAAUCGGAUGUAUUGGGUAGCACGGAUGCCGAGGAUUUGGAACGAGCUAUCAAGCAAGAUAAAUUUGGUAUCAAUCGUCGAGGAUUCCAGGGUGCCGAAGGAGGUCAAGGAUCUAGUGGACCUGUGGAAUUUGAAAAGGAAAUCGUUGGUGGUACUUCACAAAAGGCCGCCGACAAGGAUGUGUUUGGCCUUGAUACUUUCCUGAACAAAGCAAAGAAGGGAAAGAGAGCGCGUGACGAUAAUGAUAGCGACGAUGACGAUCAUCGACGAAAACGAUAA